UUAAAAUGAGCCUUACAGACAUUCUAAGCCCUUCUGACAUCGCUGCUGCUCUGCGGGACUGCCAAGCUCCAGAUUCCUUUAGUCCCAAAAAAUUCUUUCAGAUCAGUGGGAUGUCUAAAAAGAGUAGCAGCCAGCUCAAGGAGAUCUUCCGGAUUCUCGACAAUGAUCAAAGUGGCUUUAUUGAGGAAGAUGAGCUCAAGUACUUCCUUCAGAGGUUUGAGUGUGGAGCCAGAGUGUUAACCACCUCAGAAACCAAGACCUUCUUGGCAGCUGCAGAUCAUGAUGGGGAUGGUAAAAUCGGGGCUGAAGAAUUCCAGGAAAUGGUACAGGCUUAGAGGUUCAAAAGGACCAAAGAAGAUAGAAUUGGGAUGAAUCUGCACGAGACAAUCCCAAACCUUGAAAAUCAGGACUUCCUUAUUUAUCUUUACAGUGUCUGUUAUUUUUUCACUGCCUUAGCAACAUAAUGAAACACUGAUUACUGAUUUUUUUCAUUGUGUGGACUAUUUACCAUGUUUUAACCUCUACUUCAGCAGACACUACCCUUAAAAAUAUCCAAUAAAAAUUAAUCAUAUACUGCAGCAUGUGUCUAUUUUUUUGACUCCUAUACUGAAACAUGAGACUUCUUAAAUCAAAAGUGUUAAUCCCUCCAAGAUCUUGAACUCAUCAGAUCUUCAUAUAUGGAACAUCUUUUGAAAUGAGUGGGAGUUCUGUUUGCAACAACCCUUCUGGAUUAAGCUUAAAUUCUCAGAACACUCAGAUCUUCAUCAAAGAUUAUGAGCUCAGAUACAGUUGUGAGAUAGGUGAGGGUAAAACCCCUCACUGACUUCCAAGUGAAAAUCAGUCAUAUCUUUUUCCUUAAGAAGUGGCUUUUGCAUGAGGUUGUUGCUGUUUUAAACUAAUCUUACAUCAGCCAAUUAAUAGACGAAGAAAGCAAAAACCAUGCACUUUCCUGCAGAGAGAAUUCAAAGGAAAGCCUAUGAAGUACUUGAGGUUUCAAAUAACUGUGAGGUUUAAAGAAGCAGAGGGGAAGCAAGGUAUCUUCUUGGUGGUAUUUUCUUUUUUUCUCAAUAGGGAGGACUGGAAGUGUAGAGGAAGAAUUUGUAAAAAUGCAUGUUGAGAAAGUUCCAGCUCUCCCUGGUGAGCUGGACUGAUGUAAUAAAAAUGUCCCUCACAAACACAUCCGUCUUUGGGAAUGCUGAAGAGAUGUCUUCUAAUGAGUAAACAAUUCAUUCUCUCAUUAUAAAAUGAGAUAUUCAGAUGCUCUCAUGGAGUAUUUAUACCUUCACUUGCUUCUGUGUAUCUUUCAGAGCACCAGGGUCACAGAGUCCAUCCAGUUAAUGCUUCCAUAAGCUGGGCCUUUGCUUUCUCCAGCCUGUGUGUUGCAAACCUAACAAAACAGUACUUGAAAAAUUUCUGUUGAUUAAAACAUCCUCAUCAUCAAAGCAAAAGCAGUUCAAUAAAUUAAAAUUCUCCUGUACACAUUGUGAGAAAAAGUUCAUGCAGUGCCGUUCUCUGAGACAGCCUAGACACCUUAACCCAGAAAUUCCAUAAUGACUCCUCCCUGAUUCUUCCUCUGUGCUCUCUGCAGCUAUGUACUCUUUUGGGAGCCAAGCAAUGGCAAGCCAGACAAGAAACA